AUGUCAGAAACAUUCUCAAACGUGACUCUCGAUGACAGCUCGCCAGCGAUCGUAUAUAUAGGGGAUUGGGAUGGUGAGAUCCAUCAGGGUGAUCCACUGGUAUCUGAAUAUUCAAAUAUGACAUUCCACGCUUCCAACAAGUUGGGCGAUUCGGCGAGUUUCCAUUGGACCGGUGGUCAGGUUUGGUUAUUCGGUGCAUUCAGAGCUAACCAUGGCUGGUUUUCCAUCACUCUCGACGGAAUGGAAAAGCAGUAUUUCGACGGUCAAAAAGAUCCCGACGCGUUCCAACAAGUCAUGUUCCAAAGUGGUGAUCUAGAAGUUGGGGAACAUGAGUUGGUAUUAUUGAAUGAAGCGGACCAUGAGAACAAGGAUCCGGCACUAUCUUGGGUCGACCUGGAUUAUAUUAUCGUACAGGCUGAUCAGGCGCAAUUCGACCCGUCUUCGAGUAGUUUCUCCACCGUUAACAUGAUAACCACCGGAACACCAAGAGUGCAAGCUGUGAUGCCGCCCACUGGUACCCCCAAACCCGUUUACAUAUCAAGUGCUCCCGGAGAGCCGACAUUGGGAUUGACAGGGAUUUUUGGAUUGUUGGUACCAUUGCUGUGCUACAUAGUGAGAUAG